AUGGCUUUUAUUCACGGAUGUUCUGAAGAGUGCACCAAAUCCGAACUUGAUUUGUUUCACAUAGGGCCUACACAAACUAGUAUUGAGAGAAGCCUUUAUAUUGAAGUUCCACCAUUAACCGCUCUCACAGAAUCCUCACCCUUGGACUUUUUUAUUGCCGGAAAUGGCGAAGACUAUAUGGAUCUCAACAACACGCUUUUAUAUCUGACGUGCAAAGUGGUGAAUGAAGACGGAACAAACCUGGCUAACGGGGCAGCGGUAGGUCUCGUGAAUUACCCGAUAGCCUCCAUUUUCAGCCAGUUAGAUGUGACUUUAGGGGACCGACUCAUCAGCCAAAGUAACAACUGCUAUCCUUACAGAGCAUACAUUGAAUCCGUGCUGAACUAUUGCGAAGACACACUAGCCACGCAAUUUACGGCUGGGGCUUUUUAUAAAGACAAUGCAGGGGAACACGAGAUUACGGGUCUGGAUGGGGCAAAUAAAGGUUUUAGCAAAAGAGCAUUCCUGGGAGCUGGUAGUAAAAAAAUAGACUUGAUGGGGCAUCUCCAUGCUGACUUGUUUUUCCAAGAAAAACUGCUGCUGAACGGUGUUGAUGUGAAAAUUAAACUCACCCGCAAUAAAGAUGCCUUCUGCUUAAUGAGCAACGAUGCAAACAGGCAUUACAAAUUACAGAUUUUAUCAGCCUCCCUCUUUGUCAAAAAAGUGAAAUUGACACCAGGCGUCCGCCUAGGACACGCUGAAGCCCUCCUGACAUCUAAUGCCAAAUACCCGGUGGACCGUGUAAGCAUGAAAGUAUUCAGCAUACCGGUAGGGAGCCGUGUCUCCAAUCAAGAGAACCUGUUUUUGGGACAACUUCCUAAGCAGGUGGUGCUAGGACUCGUUGAUAACGAUGCUUUCAGCGGAUCAUACACUAAAAACCCUUUCAACUUUAAGCAUUAUGACAUCAAUUUUGCAGCACUCUACUUGGAUGGUGAGCAGUAUCCUAUGAAACCAUUUCAACCCAAUUUUGAAGAGGAUAAUUGUGUGAGAGAAUAUAUGAGUUUAGUCCAGACCGCUGGCAAACACAUGAGAGACAGUGCAGUUUUAAUUAACCGUGAGGAGUAUGCAAAAGGCUACACACUCUUUGCAUUUGACCUGACUCCGGAUCAAGAAUGUGCAGACCAUUACUCGCUGAUUAAAACUGGAAACCUGAGGGCAGAGCUGCGUUUCGCCAAGCCUCUACCAACAACCGUCAAUAUGGUGGUUUACGGCGUUUUUGACAACGUGAUAGAAAUAAAUCACAGGAGAAACGUCUUGUUUGAUUAUAUGUGA